UUUGAGAAUUUGGUGUCUAUUUAUUGAGGUAUGUUUUGUUGUUACUUUAGAAAUAGAAAAUAGCAAGAAAAAAGACUUUCUUUUAAGAUAUUGAUGAGCAAAUAAAUUCUGAUUUCCAUGAACAAAAAGAGAUGUAGUAUUAUUAGAGGAGAAUGCCAAAGAAGGAAAAGAAAGCAAAGGGUAGUGGAAAAAGCAAGAAAGGGAAAUCAAAAAAUGGCAAAAAAGAUGGUGUUCCAAGGGAUGACAUAUUAAAGGAUGCAAUUGCUAAUGCACAAUUGUGGGAGAGUCGACUUGGGGCUACAGAGUCUGCAAAGAAUGAUUACAGAGAGAGUACCCGGACAUUACUAUAUGAAAAUGAAAAACUACAAACUCAAGUGGCACAAACUGAGAAGGAUACGAUCGAAGUGAUCUCGUUUUUAAAAGAUGAAGAUAUAAAAAAAGACAGUCAGAUUAUCAAGCUUCAAAACAUGGUGAAAGAUUUAAAGAAGGAAUUCCGUAAAGAUAAACAAAACCUAAUAAAGGAAUACACAACUGAAAUUGAAUCAUUGCAAACAACUUUAGCUGAAAGAACAAAUGAGGUGAAGUUAAUGCAAUCUGAAUUGAAGCUCGUGAAAGAAUUUCGUCGCAAACGCGCCCAAAUGCAGAAAGAACUUGAUGAGAUCAGAGACAAUGUGUCGAGGACAGAAAAACAACACAAAGAGUCAUUGGAAAAAAUGGAAAGAAAAUUCUUUGAAGAAAAGAUCAGACUACAACAAGAAGCGAGUCGUAAAAUAUCUGAGUUGGCAGAAAGAGCACAUACAGAAGCUAUAAGUAACUUGGAUGAGACGACCAAAUCUAUAUACAUGGAAAACGUCAGGUUAAACGAGGCAUUAAACUACCACGUAAAAUCUGCUGAGGAUUUAUCACAGACGAAAGAAAAACUUCUUAAAGAAAACAAACAACUAUCGGAAGAGAAGGAGAUGAACAGUUUGAUAGUUGAAGAAAAAGUUGUGCAGACGAAACAGCUUCAAAAACAAGUGAAAGAGCUUCGCGAUAAAGUAUCGAAUCUUGAGCACACAUUAACUCAAGUUAUAAAGGAAAACGAAGCUGAAAAGAAGGAGUUGAGACAUGCUCAUGAACGAAGUCAAGAACACAACAAAAUGGAAAUUGCGCGACUUCAGAAAACAAUCGAAUUGAAAUCUAAAGAAGCAAGUCGUGUGAAGAAAUUAGCUAAAAAUAUUCUUGAUCAGAGAUCUCAGAUGGAACAUUUUUUUCUUGACUCUCUUGAGCUGGUGAAAAGUGAAAUUAACAGAAAUAGGAUUCAAUAUCGACGAGAUGCUGAGGCGGCAUAUCAUCAACGCAUGCUCGCUGCACAUUCAGGACAAGCCGAUUAUCCAAGAAUACGUACAUUUAAAAGUUCGAAGUUUAGCACGAACAGUGUCUAUUCAGAUCUCAAAGAAGCUGAAAAGUGGGAUGGCUUGGAUACUACGGUUGAUAUUUCUGAGUUAACAUGGGAACAGCGCGAAAGAGUAUUGCGAUUGUUGUUCGCCAAAAUGAAUGGAUAUAACGGAGGAUCUGUGACGAAAACAAAUGAACUUCCGCCAAUCAAAAACACAGAGCAUAGUCGAUUAUCCAUAACAGACUCUGGUGCAUCGUUUAAACCCAGACCUCCAUCAGUUAAAGCGUUUCUCACAGAAGCUGAGGAAGAAGCUGCCACUCUUAAUAGAGCAUGUAGAACUCUUUCUGCUACGGAAGUACUAGGAAAUGGUUGAAAGAUGUAUUAUAUAUUUGUAUAUAUUUUGUUAUGUAAAUCUGAUCUAUUUUCUUCUAAAAUGUUAAUAUAGUUUGUAAUUUAUUUUCACUGAAAGUAUACAUUUAUAUUCUUAACAACA